UCCGCCUCUCGGAGAGGAGACUCGCUUUGGCUCUGACGCUAGGGCGGAACGGCUGCGCGGUCUAGGAUGGGCGUGCGGCUGCUUCAGCUGCGUGUCCUGAGUCGUCGGGCAGGGUCGGUGCUCUUCCCGGCAGCAGCCGUCCAGUCUGCAGCAGCGGCGGCGUCGAGAGCAGGCAGGUGCCGACAACCAGGCAGGGAGUGGACGCUUGGAGGGGCCUACGGUUUCAGAAGCGCCGCCUCAGCCAUGGCCCCGAUCAAGGUGGGAGAUGCCAUCCCUUCCGUGGUGGUUUUUGAAGGGGAGCCUGGGAACAAGGUGAACCUGGCAGAGCUGUUCAAGGGCAAGAAGGGGGUACUGUUUGGAGUCCCUGGGGCCUUUACCCCCGGCUGUUCCAAGACCCACCUGCCAGGAUUUGUGGAGCAGGCUGAGGCUCUGAAGGCCAGGGGGGUCCAGGUGGUAGCCUGUCUGAGUGUUAAUGAUGUCUUCGUGACUGAAGAGUGGGGACGAGCUCACAAUGCCAGAGGCAAGGUUAGGCUCUUGGCUGACCCCACUGGGGCCUUUGGGAAGGAGACAGAUUUGCUAUUAGAUGAUUCAUUGGUCUCUCUCUUUGGAAAUCAUCGGCUCAAGAGGUUCUCCAUGGUCAUAGAGGAUGGCACAGUGAAGUCCUUGAAUGUGGAGCCAGAUGGUACGGGCCUCACCUGCAGCCUGGCCCCCAGCAUCCUGUCACAGCUCUGAGGCCCUGGGCCCAAACUCCUUCCACCCUUUUCCAUUUCACCUGCCCAGCCCUGGACAGAGGGCCCAGUCCAGCCUCAGCGGGGGCUACCAAGUGGGAAUGGUGACCAAAUUUCUGCAAUAAACACUUCUGGUUCACA